CACAAAGCGGUGCUCGUGCUCUUAACGUGUUUAAGUUAAAUUUUCAACGAAAUGGACACCAGCAACUUAGCAUCGGAAACGAACGGCGCUUCCGAAGACGUCGACCACGAAGCUGAGGAAGACGAUGAAAUACAAAUGUCUUCACAGGAGGUUUUGGAAUCGCUUCAACGGGCGUGGAUAAACGAAAAGUUUGCCCCCGAUUUGCUGCCGUACGAAGAAUCGUUGGUCGAAAUGGUCAUGAUUCAGUUGGUGCACAUGGAAGAGAACCUUGCGUCGACCAACAAGAACGAUCUGCUGUACAUCGUGCACCGCAUGGAAGUGGAACGGAUUCGGUUCAUUGUGGCGUCCUACCUGCGGUGUCGGUUGCAGAAAAUCGAAACAUACGCUUCGCACAUCCUCGACACGGAUUCUGCCCGGCCGUCCGACGCUAAACGGUUGUCGGACGCAGAGCACAAGUUUGCCGUAGACUUUCACGAGAGUGUCGAAAACCAUUUCUAUCAGCUAGUCGUGCGGCAUAUGCCGCAGAAUCACCAAGACGACGAACGGAUUCGCCGCGUGGUACCGAACGUAGAUGGGCACGUUUUCGCUCGGGCCAGAAAAAACAUUGGCGAGUAUUCUCUAGCUGGCGGAGAGCAUUCGCUGAAUAUAAAAUCUGGUUCGGUACAUUUGUUUAAAUACCGUGACAUAGAACCAUUGAUAGUAGACGGUCUGUUGGAGCUGAUUUGAAAUAGUGCACUGUUCCAUUAUUGUGAUUGUUGGAAACUCGUUUGCUUUGUAGUGGUUUUUGGCGUUGCUAUGGUAACACUUGAGUGCGACGUAGAAAUCGCGUCAACGCGUUUAACCUUCAAAGCGUUGCGAAGGAUCCAUCGUUGGAUGCAGAUUAGUCAAUAAUAAAACAGGGGAAAAGCGAAUCCCGUUAUCAGUGGUGUAACUGGAAGCACGUGCCUGCGCCAUGUCCAGCAAAUGGCAUCAUAAUUUUCCGAAAAUUGCUCGCGAAGCAGGCUUUACGAUUCGCGAGCUUUCGAUCGGACACUGUAUCGACUGGAGAUUUGUUGGUAAACAUAAUAAACAUAGUUACGCUUCU